AAUGUAAGAUGUUUAAGCACGCGGGGGCGCUGUGAUGAGCGGGCAGCGUGCAGAGUGGAGACUGAAGUCCUCUUGCUCUUGACUCCGCCUCUGCCAGCAACACCGCGGAUGACGUGCAACAACAAAGAUGGCAGGAGGAAACAGCAACUACUGGGAAGAUCUGCGAAAGCAGGCGAGGCAGCUGGAGAAUGAGCUGGACAUGAAGCUGGUGUCCUUCAGUAAACUGUGCACCAGUUACAACAGCUCACGGGAUGGACGCAGAGGAGACAGUUCUGACACACAACCUCUCCUGUCCAACUCGACUCAGGACAGAAUGUUUGAGACCAUGUCGGUGGAGAUUGAGCAGCUACUUGCGAAACUUACUGGGGUAAACGACAAGAUGGCGGAGUACACAAGCACACCGGGAGUAACGUCUCUAAACGCUGCUCUGAUGCACACUCUCCAGAGGCACAGAGAUAUCCUCCAGGACUACACACAUGAAUUUCAUAAAACCAAAUCAAACUUCAUGGUAAUCAGGGAGAGAGAGGAUCUGUUGGGGUCUGUCAGAAAGGAUAUCGAGUCAUAUAAGAGCGGAUCAGGGGUGAAUAACAGACGGACGGAGCUUUUCCUGAAAGAGCAUGAGCACCUGAGAAACUCAGAUCGACUUAUUGAUGACACAAUAAGCAUUGCCAUGGCAACCAAGGAGAAUAUGACCUCCCAACGUGGAAUGCUAAAGUCUAUACAGAGCAGGGUCAACACCCUGGCCAACCGUUUCCCUGCCAUCAAUAACCUAAUACAGCGAAUCAACUUGAGGAAGAGGCGGGAUUCGUUAAUUCUGGGAGGAGUCAUCGGCAUCUGCACCAUCCUUUUACUUCUGUAUGCAUUUCACUGAUGAACAUGGAUGCUAACCAACGUUUUUGGGGGGUAUUCUGCAGAACAGUGGUCAAGCCUUGAGAACGGGCUCCAUGAGAGGUGGACAAUUGGAGCCACAAAGCAGAUACCCACUUGGCCUAGUCUGGUAACAGGAUUGAUUGCGGCCAGCAUGGACCUUAUUUGUAUUUAGCAAUGGGAGGGGUUUAGCUCUAACAGCGUUUUCUUUGAUUCUGUACUACAAAUAAUGCGCUGUUCAGACGUGGACUGGAGACCAAAGUACUAACAGGAAUAGAUCAUUAUAACACAGUGGCUUUGAGAAAAGCGAGAUGCUUUGAAGCAUCAACCUGGCAUUGUGCUCGUUCCUGUAUAUUAUUAUUAAUCGGAAAAGGGUUUUAAUUUGAAGGUCCUUUUAGCGAGAGGGUUUCUCAUCAUGCUGUGUACUUUGUGAAUUAAUAAAUUAUUCAUAUACAGGAUAUUAAAAAUGUGUGUCAAACACUA